AUGUUCUUCCCCUUCCUGUGGCAUAAUUUCAACAGUCAGGGAAAGCAGGUCUUGAAAGCUCUAACUUGGGUCCUAACUCAGGAAAGGGAAUUUAUAGGAAGCAGUAGUGGGCGAGAGAUAUGGCCAGUCUCUUCUACUUUUCACAUUAAAAAAAGUGUUGCGUAUCCUGAGUCUGAGAGUUCUGGGCUACUUGAAAAUAAGAAUAGCUUCUCAUUCUUUGUUGGACCACCUGCAAAGAGCAUUCAUGCUUCCUGUUGCCCAAGUAUUGUGAGGCUGUUGGAUUUUUGGGGCAGGAGAUGUCAGUAUCUGGUUCCAGCAGAGCAGACGUCACAGUAA